AUGUCGAGUAAACCCGCGGUCAGGAAGCGAGGCAAGAAGCCCAGCAAGCGCAGGCAGGAAGAGGCAGAAGCGGCGAGCGUCAAACCAGCGGCCGCAGCUCCCGCCUCGGCCCAACCGACUGCCCAACCCACCGCCGCCGACGAGGACGAACAGCCCGACUGGAUCCGAAGCGAUCCGUCGUCGUCGUCGAGGAACACCGCAUCGGAUGCACCCUUCGGCUUCGUCGAUGCAGAGGUCAAGGCCUACUUCCGACAGAUCUGGGCCACGCUGCAGGAGCUCGAGGAGCAGGGCUACCGAGCCCGCAACACCUACUCCGAGCUCGAACAGCUUUCCAGGCCGAAAGGUGCCGGUGCUUCGUAUCAAGAUGGCGCCGAAGACGGCGAAGGAGAGGACCAGCUGGCCCUGUUGAUCAAGGCGAUUUUGUCCGAGGUCGAUGGCAAGGAACUCAUGCUGGCCACGGAUCCGGACACGAGCAUGAUCAUGGAAGGCCUCGUCCAGAGGGUCGGCCAGAAGGCGGUCCGGGUGCUCAUGGACCGCAUGGCCGGCAACUACGCGACGCUCGCCUCCCAUCGCUUUGGCUCCCACGUCCUCGAGACCUGCCUCGUGUCGCUCCAGCCCGCCAUCACCGCCGAGAACAAGAGCGAAGGGGGCAAGGGCAAGGCACGGCUGGCCGAGAUUGUCAGCGAGGAGGGCGUGCUGAGGUCGUCGACCCACAUCUUCCUUGGCUUCUGCAGCGAGAUCGAGGACGGCAUCCAGGACCUCGCAAAGGACGCCUUUGGAUCGCACGUGCUGCGUUCGACGCUCCUCCUCCUCACAGGCCAGCCCAUCCAGUCGUCGGCGGUGCAGCGCUCCAAGCGCUCGGCCAAGUUCCGGCAAAAGAAGAACGGCGAGCUCGACGUCGACCCCGUGACCCGCGCCACGGCCGAGACCAAGAUCGUCAUCCCGUCGUCGUUCCUCACCACGCUGCGCAAGAUGACGGCGGCUGGCUUCGCCGGUCUCGGUGCCGCAGACAUCCGGAGCCUUGCCAUCGACGCAGUGGCCAGCCCGGUCCUGCAGCUCUUCAUGUCGCUUGAGGGCGCGGAGCUGGCCAAAACAGGCGACGACACCGCGUGGAAGGGCAGCCUGACGGAUACGGUGCUCGAUGACCUCGUGUCGGCCUCGCUGUCGACAAAGGCGGGCGACGCGGCGGCUGGCACACGGGAGAGGUCGGACCACCUCGAGUCGUGCCUGCGCGACUCGGUGGCCUCGCAUGCCGUCCAGGUCGCCGUGUCGAUUGCGCCGUCUCCGGCCGUCGAGCUCUUCUACAGCACCUACAUCUCCGGGCGCCUGGGCCAGCUCGGCGCACACCCUUCGGCGCGGCACGUCGUCAUCGAGUCGCUCCGCCGCCUCUCCACAGCGCCCAUGCUAGACCUGGUGAUCGACGAGUGCGCCAAGGUGGGCGAUGCGCUCGUCAAGCAGUCGGCGCUCGCCGUCUUCCAGGCGCUGCUCGAGGGCUGCGGCGCGCUGCAGACAAAAGAGGCCGAGGCGGUGCGCGCGCUCCUCGCGGCGUUUAAGCUGGUUGCCAAGGAGGGUCAGCUCGAUGAGAGGCAGGUCAAGGACGUCGUGCCCGUCCUCUUGAGCGGCAAGACGAGAAAGGCCUACUCCAAGGUCCUCAGCGGGAGCGGAGACAGGGACGGAGAGAAGAGGGGCAAGGGCAGCAAGAAGGACCUCAAGAGGAAGCGAAAGGGCGGCGACAAGGAGAAGAAGAAGAGGGACGGGAACGAGGACGAGGACGAGGACGAGGCAGAAGCCGCCGAGCCCGCCUCUGAUGCCGAGGUUGCACACGAGGAUGAGGCCAGCGCCGAGCAAGACAAGGCACCAAACGGCGACGCCGACGCCGACGCCGACGCAGCAGCCGCAGUCGACGCGCCGCUCCGCGCGGACCUCGUCUCGAUCCCGGGCAGCCUGCUGCUGCAGACGCUGGCGCGUCUGUCGUCGCCGCACAACGAGGUGGUGGUAUCGAGCCUGCUGGCGCAGCCGUCGCUGGUGCCCUUGGCGUGCGAUGCGACGGCGUGCCACGUCGUGCUGGCCUGCCUCAACAGCAGCACCCUCGCCUACGCCCAGCGCCGGAAGCUCGUCAUGGCCUUUCUGCCGCACAUCCACGUCAUCGUCGACGACAAGUGGGGAAGCAGGGUGGCGGAUGCCGUCUGGGCUCGAGCCGACGGCUUCACAAAGGAAAAGCUGGCGAGCACCACCCUCAAGCACGAACGCCACCUCCUCUCGUCGUACUACGGCGGCUUCUUCCUGCGCAAGCUCAACCUCGCCCUCUUCCGCCAGAGCAAGAUGCGCGAGUGGCGCGAGUCGGUCGGCACCGCCGCUUCGCAGGGUGCCGUCCCGCUCCUGCCCUCGCUCGUCGACGAGGCCGAGUCGAGGCGCGGCACCAGCCUCGUCCUCGACCUCAACAACCCCAAUCGACUGGUCGUACAGGACGACGACGACGACGACGACGAUGCGCAGACGCGAAAGAACAAGAAGAGGAAGGUCGAAAAGGUCGAUCGGGAGCUCGACGAUAUCCUGGCACAGAUCUAG